AUGUCACUUGAUCCGGGGUUUGGGGGAGAUAUACCUCUUCCGUCUGACUCUGGUCCUUCGGUAAAACGACACGCAGCAUGCGACGAGUGUAGGAAACGCAAACUUAAAUGCUCCGGAGAAAUGACUGGCUGCUCUCGAUGCAUCAAGCAAGCACUCUCUUGCAACUACUCCAUACAAAAGCAAAUGGGCCGCCCCCCCAAGAAGCGAACAAGGACAGAGGAUGAGGGGCUCGACAUCCAAGCCCAUUCCGGGGCCGAAAUAUGGCCCAGUCCAGAGGACUCACAGCAGUCUUCGAUGGACAUAGGUCCUGGGGCAGCGCAAUUCCCAGACUCUGAUCAUCUCUGUCCCUCAUUCUUCUGGCCGCGGGGGUUGAACGUGAACUCGCCACAACCACAACCCGCGCCAGAUCUAUUAGGCUAUGAAGACCACAAUAAAAGCUGGCGGACAGAUCGUCUAACGCAACCAAACUUACCUGUCCCCGCAUCAUCAAGCCCAUGGCCUGAUUAUUCAACCGUCUCCGAAGCCACCGCCUUGCCAAUGCCAUUCCCAAUUCCUACAACUUUCCCCGCCAUGGGAUCCUUCCCACUCUCACCCUCCAACUCAAUUUCCUCCGACUCUGUGGUAAACAGGUGUCCCUGUCUCUCCUAUCUCUACCUAUGCCUCAGCCACAUGACCUCAAUAGCCUCCUUCCCAGUCAAUUCUCACACUCUCUGCUCCUUAUAUCUCGCGGCCCGCACCGUCCAAGACGUGAUUCGCUGCGAAGUCUGUCCCAAAACAUUUGCAACCGGCAUGCAAAACAUCACAUUCGUGGGAACCCUACUAACAGUAGCCACGGACAAUUGGCUACGCGUCUGGAAAACCGAUCCUGUCGAACUAGGCAUGCAGUCCGCGCCAGCAGAAUACGUGACCAAGGUUCUCCAAAGCGCUGACCCAGCACAAGCCUGGGCAAGCUGGCUGCGACAAACCGUUCGCCGUGCUGUCAUCGGCGGCCCCAUGGAGCCAGGUGCUGCGGGUGUUUGCGCUGAGAGAGUGGAUCUGCUUUCCAUAAUUAGAGGACUCGAGGAGCGGCAACGCCGCUGGCAUCAACCUGGACAACACCCGUUGCAGACGCAAUGUAACCCGCUGACUCCAUCGCCCUCGGAAUCGUCGCAGAAUGAAGAAGAUGGCCAGGAGAAAGAUUAUCUUUGCCUGCGCAUUGCUGGGAGUGCGAAGGCUGUCAUUGCAAAGUUCAAUUUUGACAUUUCUGAUUACCCCGAAGGAGUUGAGCCGGUCAAAGCCCAUUAA